GGCGCCACUGGGCUCGAGGCGAAAAAAGAACGGACCACAACGGACAAACUUGUCGCUAUCGGGAAGCGGUCAUGGCGACCGCAACUGUGAGCGAUGGCCUCGCUCCGACGGGUUUCUAACUUAAUGUUGAGUUUGUCAUAGCUACAUCGUAUCCAUUUCUGUCUCCGCGACACAGGGAAGGUCUGACAGAAGCUUAGGGCGGGUGAAUUUUACUAGGAAAUGUGGUGAUCGCCCGCGCUGUUGAUGGAUGUGCGCGGAGACCGUAUGCAGUCAUCGGUCCGCUGGGUACAGGACCGACCAAUAUGUCUUGGAAAGCCGACUUGGCCGGCGACGACGAGGACUUGCAGAACGACGUCGCUUUUUUCGACUCUGAAGCUGCCGCCACGUCUCAGCCGUGUUACAUCCAGGGUGACGGCGUCGAGAACAAGCCCCCCUGCAGCGCAGCAGCGGUCGAUGUUGGGAGCCUAGGUCAGAACAUUCGCGAUGCCGUUUCUUUCACUGCGCAGGGCGCGCUUUCGUCUAGUAGCAGUUCCAUGGGUGGCAACUCAGUCCUGCUGCCACUUGAGUCGUCGUACCGGCUACCGAGCUCGAGUUUCUUUACUAGAAGAGUGAGCCCCCCCUUGGCGCCGCCGAACGUUUCUCUGACCGACCGCGACAUGAAAGAGCCGUCGCCUCCGCUGCUCCGAAACAGUUGUAUGGAGCAGGACGAUGAAAAUGAGGACGUGGAUGGUCAGGACGCAGCCAACAGCCCACGUUCGAGCGUCACGGACUCGGAGGGACUGUCGUCACUCAGCGAGGGCUCGAUGGAGGACCUGUCGGAGUCGGAGUCCAUCACGGACGUUACGCCGCUUCAUUCGCCUUACAUGUGUGACAGCCCCGUGCCCGUAAUGAAAUUACCUGUCAGCAAACUGACCAUGUCCGAAGCAGGCAUAAACGGCGUUUCCCGUUCCGGCGACAGCAGCAGCGGCAGUGAUUCUGAUCGAAGUUCCUUCAGUGGCGCCAGGCGCAAACGCUCACCCGCCGUGCCAUUGCCUGGCAAGGUGCGCCUGGGAAGCAAGCACCAACAGCGAGAACCCGUUGACCUGCAGCUUCUCGUGGACGCCAUCAGGCGCCUCGAGGCGCAUCAAUGCGAGCAGGGCCAGACCAGCCGGGCACGCAAGGAGCCCCGGGCCAAGGGGCGCAAGAAUAUGUCAUUCUCGAACGAAGAAGUCCAACGUAUCGACCGCGAAAACCAGCGACUCUUGAAGCGGAUCCUGGCACAGCAGAACCGACCGAGGCCAAAAUUUGACUCAAGGACGCCGUCCCGCCUGGCGCCUUCGGCCAUCAACCGGCAGCGACAGCAGCGGCAGAUUGAAGUGGAAAACCUCGCACUUCUCAAGAGAAUUGAGUCUGCCAAGCCAUCUCGUGAAGUAGCACCUUCGCAGGACCUCAGCCAUGUGCAGAGAGCACGAUCCCACUCACUCUCUCUGACACGCCAUACUCUGCAGACUCCUCCGGUAAUGGCAGCAGCAGCAACUCCACCGCUGGCAGGGGUCAAGCAUUUCCCACCACGCCAGAAGCAUCACUCCCACUGAGCUGCCUCCCCUUUCGCCUUUGCAACGAUACAGUGUCGUGAAGAAUGCAUCCCACCAAAGUUCCUCUUAUGGCAUUGCAGUGGACUUAUCAUUACAUUAGCUCUCUGUGUGGCCACACCCAGACGCACACAUUUGUGCAUGCAUGGACCAGCACUGUCGGCUAGUGGAAUGGUGAUAAAGGGCUUAAGAAGGCACUUUCUGGUUUUGUUCUUGCCAUCCUGUGCUGGGUAUCCUGUGUCUUAAGCCAAACUUGAUGCUUUGGCUAUUCACCAUGUAAAUUUAUUGUAUUGUUUCUACUACAAUUAACGUAUUCGUACAAAUUUCCCAAUAGUUGUCCAGGCAUAUACAACAGAACUGCAUUUCACCAUUGUUGAGGACACUUGGUGGUCAGCGGUGGAUACUAUUGGUUUUUGUACCUUCCUUUAGCUGCCAUCCCAAGUUGUGGGUAUGUAGCACUCAAUGACGUAGUUUCAGAUGAGUGGCAAUGAUUGGGCUACUAUGGUCAGUGGAGAAAGUACCACUUGCAGUCUGAGCAGUGCUUGAGAUUUCAUGUAUUUUUUAUGCAGUCGGAGCAAUGCAGAAGUUUAUAAUGCUGGUGAAUACUGCACUUUGAUCAAGCUUGCUAUUGUACUUGAUCAAAAAUGUUGCCUGAAAAAUAUACAAUAUGGUGCGUUUCUUUAAUGGAGCAGGAAUCAUCAAUUCCACAUUUGCAGUGCUCUGAUGUGGCAUUCAUUCCUUUCAGCUGAGGGAGUAUUCUAUAAGAGUCCACCUAGUGGACUGCCCAUUUCGGCUGCUGCUGAUUGGCUGCAGCUGCACAAGUGAGGAGGAGACAGGUGCCCCCAGCCAGUCUCCUUCUCGCUUGUACAGCUGUAGCCAAUCAGCAAUAGCCGUAAUGGACAGUCCACUCGGUGGACUCUUACAGAAUACCCCCCCCCCCCCCCCCUGUGCUAGUGAAAUUAGCCUUUGUAGCUGAUAGAGCAUGUCUGCUGUGCAACAGUACAGCUAACCCACAGUUUGACUAAAUCCUUAAAUUUUGUAUGCCUCAAUCCUUAAAUAUCUAUUGCUUUUCUACGUUUACAUGAUGCACCAAUGUGCGAGUUUUACAAGGCUUGCUUAUUAGCACCACAGGUGUCAAUGUGGUUUGAAACUGUGGUCUAAGAGCUUUAAUGGAAUGGUGCAAAAGCUGCAUUGUGGAACAGUAUUGGCUAUUGAAAUAUGGUGUGGUGGAAAAUACCUACAUGUUACACUGACGCUGGUAUUGUGGUACUGGGGGGGUAUUCUGUAAGAGUCCACCUAGUGGACUGUCCACUUUGGCUGUCGCGAUUGGCUUCAGCAGCAUGAGCGAGAAGUGGAUUAGCUAGCUCCUUCUCGCUCGUGCUGCUGGAGCCAAUCGCGACAGCCGAAGUGGACAGUCCGUUAGGUGGACUCUUACAGAAUAUACCCCCCCUGGUUAUGUUUACAACACAGGUAUCCCACUCAGAACUUUUUGCUGGCAAUGCCGGAACCUGUCCACAUUUCACUGAAACUAUAUGUGAUUUGGGUGUAGAUAAAGAACUGGAUACAUUGACACAGUGCCACUCGGUCUUACAAUGGAAAGCAUGUACAAUACUUAUUGUGUCAGGAAUGCUGUUACACAGGCAGUGGCACAUGCUAUAUUGACUUUGCAAUGUGCAUAAAAUUUUCAGCCUGCCAUGAUGGCCCGCAUUUGUAAAUAAUUUUGUCGGAAGUUCUAGCUUUGCCUGUGCUCGAGGCAGCUUCUUGGCAACUGCUCAAUGGUCUUGCAGCCUUGUGAAGAGACGUGUACAUAGGCAUUUUCUUUCUUCUUUAGCAACAUACAUACUAGAGCUUGAUGCAUGGCAUUGUGAAGCAAAUUUUAUUUUUGUACAUAAACUUACUUUAUGCUCAUGUACAGUUGCAUCCAAAGGCUCAGUGUAGUUCGUUUUACAUUGCUCAUGUGUCAACUACAUAAAAGUUGGCUCUUAAAAUUAUUUUAAAGAGACCUCUGGCAAUUCCUUGACAGUUAUGAAGAAGCAGUUGUCUUAUAUUUAUCUGCAGCUAGAUGACACAAAAGACAGGUAAAUUUGUAUAGAAAUGCUGAAAUUUAAGCAGGAAACAUUAUGUCAACGCCAAACCUGAACUGAGCAUUUCGUCGAAGCUAAUUAUGACAUCAAUCAGUGUCUUGAGCUACAACAAAUUCCAAAUGUUCUUGUGUGACGCAGCUCUUGUGGGUGCAUAAAAU